UUGUUUGAGGGUAUAAAUGAUUGGAGGAAUGAAUACCAUGCCUUGGAAGCAAAAGCUGAAGCGAGAUUGUACGGAAGACCCUACUUGAGAGUCAUUAAUCUGGACCUGUUCGAUCGUCUUUGUGAUGAAGUAUUGAUUGCACUUGAUGCAACAGCAGUUUCGAUGGCGUCGCUGCGCAGCACACCGGACAACAACGAAAAGCAAAACGACAAGAGCCGAGAGAAAGAAGUCGAGGAUAAACUUAACAGUCUUCGUGAAGCAGCAGGAAAGAAUAAAUCAAAGGUCGCAUCUGGUGCGGUUAAGAAAACGAAUACGAGAAGUACAGCCGAGAAGAAUCAACCACAAAAGCAGAAAACAGAACCCCCAAAAAAAGAAGACGGGAAAGCUAGUUAA